UAUUAUUUGCGUGCAUAAGAAAUUGCUUUGUGUGUGAUCGGCCCGCUGUGCAUGCUUAGGCUUGGCAGCCUACGGCUGGUGCAUCAGUGGUCGCCAAGACUUUACACCAAUUCGGCGAUAUUUUCUCCACUUUUGCCCGCCGUAAGCCACCUUUUUACUCCGUGUGUACACUGCCAGGAGUCUACCCUACAAACUGUGCAAUCUGCAGCCAUGCACGCGGCGCAGAAGUGAUACAUCGAGCCCGGUUUUUGCACCCGUAUCGGCCGGGAAUAGAGCUUGAAAAAACAGCGUACGGCGAGACGACCGUGUAGCCAGCCCCUAGUUCACCGGAGCCAACGCAGCGGCCAACGGGGGCCUUUGUGGACUGUGUGUGAUGGCAGUGUGUGGGUCGCGGAUAGCGGCCAGACAAAUGGCUUUUACGGGGACUCCUCGGGACCAUGCCAUCCUCAGUGCAACCCAGACCUUCUACCAGAGUGCUGCCACAGCUUCCAGCUUAUCUAGGCGGGAUUUUGAGCCCGAUAGACCCAUCGGUUAUGGUGCUUUUGGCGUGGUUUGGUCGGUGACGGAUCCCCGGGAUGGCAAGCGAGUGGCUCUCAAGAAGAUGCCUCACGUCUUCCAGAACCUCAUCUCAUGCAAGCGAGUCUAUCGGGAACUCAAGAUGCUCUUUUUCUUUAAUCACGAUAACGUUCUCCGUGCUCUGGACAUACUUCAACCUCCUCAUCUAGAUUUCUUUGAAGAAAUAUACGUAGUGACAGAGCUUCUGCAAAGCGACCUUCACAAGAUCAUCGUGUCACCGCAAUCCCUCAGCUCCGACCACGUCAAGGUCUUCCUCUAUCAAAUUCUAAGAGGGCUGAAGUAUCUCCACUCGGCAGGUAUUCUACACAGGGACAUCAAACCUGGCAAUCUUCUCGUCAACAGUAACUGCAUACUCAAGAUCUGUGAUUUUGGGCUGGCCCGCCUGGAGGAACCAGACACCAACAAACACAUGACCCAGGAGGUCAUCACACAGUACUACCGCGCACCGGAGAUCCUGGUGGGCAGCAAGCAUUAUGGGUCGUCAGUCGAUGUCUGGUCGGUGGGCUGCAUCUUUGCCGAGCUCCUGGGAAGGAGGAUUCUGUUUCAGGCCCAGAGUCCGGUCACGCAGUUAAACCUGAUCACAGAUCUCCUUGGUACACCGAGCAUGGAGGACAUGAAAUACGCAUGCGACGGUGCCAAAGCACAUCUACUAAGAUCACCGCAUAAACCUCCUUGCCUGUCAGCAUUAUACAGUCUGUCCACCCAGGCUACCCACGAAGCGGUCCAUCUACUCAGUAGGAUGCUAGUCUUCAAUCCAGACAAACGCAUAUCCUGUACGGACGCGUUGACCCACCCCUACUUGGAGGAAGGUCGGUUACGAUACCACACCUGCAUGUGUCGCUGCUGUCACAACACGGCGGCCGGCCGGCAGUACACCUCGGACUUCGAGCCUGCGGCACCGCAGCGGUUCAGCUCCGAGUUCGAAGACGGGUUGUGCAGUGUACACGAGGUCAAAGAGGCCCUACACACAUUCAUCACGGACAGACACCAGGGUAAUAGCGUCCCCCUUUGUAUAAAUCCACAAUCUGCUGCCUUCAAGAGCUUUGCCAGCUCGUCAGUAGCCAGUGCCUCUGAAUUGCCACCCACCCCCCAACCCUGGGAGUAAACUCCUCCCCCUACUGUCUCCAACGGGUAUCCGGGGUAAGCCAGUACCCCCUCCCCCUCCCCCGCCCCUUUACGCUUUGUGUCCCGUCCACGCCCCUUUUUAGGUACCGGGCCUGCCGUACGUGUGUGAGGCAUAUGUUGGAUCCAGCCCUAUGCACCUUUUAAGUGUUAUAUCUUGUAUUUAUUACUACCAUAUCUUUGUGUUUGUAGUACAACAAAGCAAUAUUGUGUGAUUCAUUAGUAAUUUAUGUAUAACCAUCUCCCAAAAUCGAAUGCUGCAAUUUGUUUUUGAGUUUGAGUGUUGAACAUAAAUGAGCGCUCAACCCAGCAUUAUUGUAUAGCAAACAAUUUUUUCCAUCUAGGUUACAAAUUGGCUUUUUUUUUUGGUAGUACGCAAACUUAGAGGAUUAUGUUAAUAUGCCAAUACAGUGGAACGUCGCUAUACCGAACAUCGCUGUACCGAACAUUCAGCUAUAAAGAACAUCAGCCUUGGCUCCCGAUUUUUGUGUACAAAACGUACCGAACAUUGUUGUUGGAAAUGUCGACAGAAGAGCGACAAAUGGCUAUUAUUUCCCCAACGAAUAGUAGGAAAAAGCCACCCAUGUAAGCUCAAAAACUGUGUAAUUACACGAUGCAAUAGUCGUACGUGUUCGAAGUCGUCUCUCAGUAACUACCAGGGCGUACUUGGUGAAGCUGUGCUACAGAAUUGAAAGUAUUAAUGGACACAUUUGGCGACACCGCGCUUGGUUUGUAUGCAACUACACAAUAACAAAAAUCAAAAGAGGGCACCACUAAUGUGGGAAAAUCGCUGUACCGAAUGAUCGUUGUUACGAACAAUUUCUGUGGAUCCCACAAUGUUCGUUAUAGCGGCGUUCCACUGUAAUCGACUGAUGUUUUGUAUGUACAUGAUCGUUGAUUCUUUUUUUUUAUAAAGAGUAAUUUUGGUGACACAAGUUUGUUCUUGUUAAAAACAUUGAUGCUAUGCAUCACCCCUAAACAGGAACAAACCUACUGUGUAUGUGAAAUGUUACUACAGGAAGGAUCAACUGUCUUUUUUCCGGGGGUGUUAAAAGUGUUAUGUGGGGGCUUGUACAGUUUUGUUUGCCAAAGAUGGUGCUAAGUUUGAGGGAGAUUUUUUUUUGCUCAGAGAAGUUACAACAAAAAAAAGAACAAAAUGUAGAUUUGAGCCAGUUAAUGUAUUUCACUUUUUUGUAUACCAGUAAUUUGUAUUUUUUUUUUUUUUUUUAGAAAAGCCACCCAUGUUUUUUGCUGUAAGUAGGGCCCUUAUAAAUUGUGCCAUUUCUUACCUUUUUGAUCAGAAAGUAGCCAAAAAUGCUGACUUUUUCUGUUGACCAAAUUCCCGUCUGCUUAGGAAUCACCAAUAAUUAUCAACAUUUUCAAAACGUACAUGAAUGCUCGGCGGGUGGGGGUUAUCACCAAAUUUACACUUUUGAAAUUUUGUAACAAAAUGGAUCAAUAUUUUCUGUUCGGUAUUUGUAAUGGGCUUUCAGAAGAUCUUUCAUAAAAUCCGUACACCUCAACUUGGCAAACUCCGGACAAGCUCAUAAUUCAUGGUUACAGCCAUAUUUGUCAUUCAGCUUCGUGCUACACGCCGGUGACAAACAUGCACGAUGCAGCCUUUUUCAGCCGCCACUUUCUGUAGCAAUGAAUUGCAUAUGUGUGCAUGUAUUGCAAACGCCUUGUGUGCCUAAGCGGCCUAUCUUCAAGGCGCUAAUAUUCCAUAACUAAUCGCGGUGAUAUGAAUGAACUGUACGUUCCAGGAUAUCUUUGAAAAUCAACAUUUUUUAAAGUACUCUUCCAGAGAGAGAGAGAGAGAGAGGGAGGGAGGGGGGGGGGGGAUCUGCCAAAAAGAGAACGCUUUCUACAUAGUUGAAAAUGUUGAUAAUUAUGGAUGACCCCUUAGUGUGUCUCAAGUAUGUUCACUUGGUGUGCACGAAAAUAUCUUAUGGAAAAGUGCAAAGCUAGUAAUGUGCAUAUCAUGCUUAACAUUGCUUAACGUUUUUGGCUCAGAUCUAAGCUGGAUUUGUAAGCAAAAAUGCCUUUUCUGAACAUACAAUGUAUGGCUACCAUGUAGCCAUAUUAAAGAAGAAAUACACAUUGAUCAGACUGUUGAGGCUGCAAACUUGAUACAAAUGUGUUGAGCAUGAAAUUUCAGUUUACCAAAUUUCUCUGUUAAGCAGCCCUGUGUGGUUGGCCCGUGAAUUGGAAAUGUCUUGCAGUUUCAACAUGAACUAUUCUGUAGACACCUUCCCAUACAUAUACGCAGCCGAAUUUGUCAUUUAACUAAGAAAUAGACUCUCUUGUUUUUCUCUCAACUCUGUCUGCUAUAAGCAAAUUGAGCCUGCCAUACAUCCCUGCCCAAUCACAAAGUGAACUUCCGGUCUUUUAUUAUAAUUUACGUUUCCAUAUCAGAAAAGCCACAACUCAUCUUCGGGUGGUAAAAUUUGUAUGAAACUUUGUUCCUUUUGGUUAUGACGUACGUUUAAUGUACGUAGUGCAUUUUUUUUUUUUUUUUUUGCCCCUGAAAUAGAGACAAGAAAACGCUAAUGCAAGAUAUUCAAAAUACUGCAAUCCACCAAAUAAAUAUGCAGUGUUUUGUGUGAAUAAACUACCUCUGGAGAAUGGAUCAGCCCAUUAUACCUUACUAUCAAGGAAGACACCACUUUGGUCUCAGAGGGGUGGAUUCAUGACUCGAGUCUGCACUGAUUUUGCAGUGCAUUGUUAACUUCGCUCUAGCCUAGCUGUAAGACUAAUUCUAUUUAUUGUAACUGAAUUUUUUUUUUGUAUACGACGUGUACUGUGCAAUUUGUAUCGGGAUCUGUAGCCAAACGGGGAAACCCGUUUAAAAACACACUAAUUAGGCGAAAUGCAAUUUGAGGUUGCACUGAUUGGUUGUUUUCAGUUGCUAUUUAGAUUUCUAUUGGACAGUUUUAAUUUAUGGAAACUCUGUACACCUGUGGAUGAAGGUACUGCAAAGCAUUGGCAUAAACAAACACAGAGUUCCAAAGUUCCGAAAGAGUUUUGAAAUUUACCGCAUGUGGAUCUUGUGUCUUUCACAAUGUCAGUCAUGUUUUUGAGUUUCAAUCGAUUGCUGCACCCCUCCCUUCCCCAACUGAAGCAAUGCACCGCUCCAGCCACACACCUUUCCUUGUUGUAAAUAGACAAGUCCAUUAAUCACAGAGGGGUGGAUUGCUUCAGUCUUGAGAUGCUGCUCUCACAUUGAUGAGAUACAGGUUAGUUAAGGUAUAGUGCUGGAGAAUUUGGUCUGGCAGGGAGUAAAUAUGUCCUUGAAAAAUAAAAUAAAAUAGGUUGGAAAAAACAAGAGUACGAAACCAAGGAAUGCAACGAAAUAAGCAUUUGCAUUUCGGGAUGGGUAGACUGUUUUUAUUGUAAUGACAGCAGAUGAACUCAACUACGUAAACAGGAAACCUUAUUUGAAUAAAGUUUCCCAAACUCGGAAAAGACUGCUUACACGAGUUUGAAUUGAGAAACAGCGACAGACCUAACAAUUUUUACCGACAUUUAAACGAUUUGUACAGUUUUUGAACUAUGUAAAUGUUUUUUUUGUUCCUCGAAAAUUGUGUUUUUCAUUGAAUUUUUUGUGCAGUUUACUUCAGUAAAACAAAUUUUGGGUCGAUUCAGCAUGUUGACUGUGUUUUUUAAGUGAUAUGAUGGUCGAGUACACACGUAUGUAGACAAGGGUACAAAUACAUUGUAGUGGUAGAGAGAGAGACGAAUAUGUACAUCCCGUCAUUUUUGUUACGAGACGCAGAAGUCAACUGCAAAUGUUUUUGUUCCAAUUUUUGAUCGUGUUUUUCGCGAAAGGAUUUGUAAAGUGAUUUGUGAACGUUGAGAGCCAGUGCUGCAGUUUUUAGUAAAAAGUUGUUGUCAAUGCUGCUUGAAAAAUUAAGAGAGAAAUUUAUCCAUGAAUAAAAAAAAGUGGAUGAUUUGGGGUCUUUUUGUGAGUUGAAUAAGUGGCGUUUAUUCACGCGAUCAAUCAUCCUGAUUUUACAAAACUAUGCUGCAAAAUGCAAGAUAUCUUGUCCAUGUUCUAGUGCGAAGUUGUUCGCUAAAACUCUCUUUUUACUACUUAAAACUGUGCUCGACAAAAAAAACCAUGUAUCUAGUGUCUGAUGUACUACUAGCAUAGAGAAAAUACCUACUAAUAUAUCUUUUUUUGUAAAUAUCUUUGUAGAAUGUAGUUUAUUUCAAUAUUUAUUCAACACAUAGUAUGAAGAAAAAAAUCAAUCAGUUUUGAAUUAUGUGUUUAUGAAAACAAAUGGCAAUUUCUUUUUUUUAAAUCUCUUGUUUUUCCAUUCCGUGUAUUAAAUGUGUGUGCGUGUGUGUACUGAGAAUUCUUUUGGUUCUUUUUCAAAAUGAUGUGUUCCCGAUUGGGAGACGUCGUUAAGAGCAUUAAAUUAUGAUGUAAAAAUGAAAUUAUUGUACAGUUUUAAACAAUAACGAUGCAUGUAAUGGCAACUUCCACAGCAAAGUGUUUUAGUUUUGGCACAUAAUUUGUUUUCCUUUCCAUUUCUUAUUGACCCAGAAUUCAUGAAUCCGAGUUGUAAAACUUGAAAAAUAUGCAAACUGAAUAACUUUUUUGAAACAUGGGACCAUUUUUUGUAUUGUAGUGUAAAAAAAAAAAGUAGACCCUAUACAAUGUCCUUUUUGGUCCAUUUUGGAAUGUGGUCUGGUGCCUAAAAAGUGAGAGCAUAAAUAAGGCACAUGAACAUGCUUGGGUACCACGCAGAGUAACAGACAAUACUGACAAGGGCUGCGUCCAAAACUCCAAAUUGCCUGGCUGUGGCUUACAAUGACACAUGGGUCUAUGAGAAACGGCUGCAGCCACUUCGCAUAGACGUGUGUUUCAAGUGAUUCAGACGUGGGCAUGGUUUGCAACAGUUUUCUUUCAAGAAAGAGUCAGGGUUCCAGACACUUGAUAUUUAAAACCCAUAAGCCGUAGUGAACAUGAACAGCAACAAAAUAAUGUGCAAAAAUUUCCUAUUUUAGUUUGGUGCUUGUUAUAACAUUUCAUAUAAAAUUGUUUAACCCAACAUUAAAUUGAAGUUGGGAGUACUUUCUCCAUUUUGGCUGAAUAUUUGUUAUGAAUUGUAGUACAUCUAGUCGUAUAAUGUUGACAAAGAUUUCUUCCGAUAAAACCCUUGAAAUGCCAAGGAUGUUUAAAAAAAAAAGGGGGGAAGCUUCUAAAAGGCCUGUUAUGCUUCAUGUGAUAGCAAAGGGAAUUUGAUGUCGCCAGAUAUUCGCCGAAAAAAUUUACUUGAUUUUUGAAAUGUUUAUUACAAAUUUGCAGCUUGAGUUCUUGUGACAUCACACGUUCACAUUGCGUUCAUGAUGACAGUAUGAAGAGGCCUUAAAUGUAUAACUUUUUUUUCAGUAAAAAAACGCUUGAUUUUCACAAACAUGCCCAGAUAUGUUUGUUUUAAAAUUGAGACUGGGUCAAAGGAAACAAGGUUUCUAACUGAAGAGUUCUUGCACUGUUUAAAAUCCAUGUGUUUUCUGAAGGAAUUCUUUAGUUGAAACUUGGCUUUUCCAAUUUUUUGAAUUUUUUUCAACCCAGUCAUUAAGGCGUCUUAUUUAGUCCAUGUAAUGCAAUAUGACCACUCUAAUUCUGUCAUUAUGAUCAAACUGAUCCCUUGUUAUGAAUAAAAAAAAAUCAGCAUUGACCGUAAUUUUUACAACAAACUUUAUUGAAUUAAUGAAUAGGUAAGUGUGAAUGAAUGCUGCACUUUUGUGGCAGUGUUUUAAGUGCCAAAGAAAACCUGUACAAGUAAUGCAUGAUUGGUAUCUAUUUGGGAUACCACAAUGGAAUGUCAAUAAUGCAAUUAAAAUGAAUUUCUUUAGUAUUAGCUUGAAAACUGAUCUUUGUGAACAUUUCGCUAAAUUAUCCAGACGUGAUACUUGUCGGAAUAAGACACGGAAAACUACUUCUUCAUGAAUUCUGCCAGUUAAUUUUUCCCCCAAUGCACUUCUCCAAGAAAAACAUGCAAAAUCCUACUGCCAGUCAUGUCAUCUUAAAAAUAAAAAUAAAAUAGCAAUAGUAUCUAAAAAAGGGAAAAAUUUAUGCACAGAAUCUGCAUAUCAUGAACAACCCACGAAAAAAAAAUCAUUUUUAUUGUUAACGUUUUUUUGUCCUUUUUUUUUUGACGCACUUGUAAUGUUUUAUGCAAAGACAUUGAAUAUUCCCUCAUUAAAAUAUGAAACGUUCUUUCAAUGUGGCACACUUUUGUUGCUUGAUAGGCCGGAUUUUAAUCCAUAUUUUUAGAAUACAAGAGCUCAAAAAUUCAGGCUCUGAUUUUGUUGUGUGCUGCAACUUUAUUUUCAAAACUAAGGCUUAAGGAAUUGUGCUAUUUUGUAGACUUUCUGACGUUUUUCGUUUCGUAUUUUCUUUCAGCGGAGGUCAACAGGUUAUUUAAAAGUAACAUGUACAUUUACCUGAGGGUUUGCAAAUUGUUGGAAGAAAGUAAAUAUGCAUUUUAGGUGUUGGGUCAAAAACAAAUUUCUAUUUGUAAUUAUUGUAUCAUAGUAAUAGAUUAAAUAAGAACAAAUUAUGAGAGAUGUUAUUAGUCUAGUACCAAAGUAGAAAAAAAAAUAAAAACAGGAAUACUCGUAAAACUGUUCAGAAAAUUUGGGGGAAAUUGGAUUCAGUUCAGUGAGUGUUCAAAAACUUCUAUACAGAAAGUCGCUUUUAAUACUGUUUUGUGGUAGUGUGCUGUAGGCAACGUUUAAGUAUUCCUUGAUUAUUAUCAGCUUUUACGUAUGUUUUUAUUUAUUUCUUGUUGAUGGAUAAACCAUGUUUCUCGGAUGGGAAUAUUCUUUGUAAUUUGGUAAUCAUGAAAUCAAUAUUGUAGAGUUCGAAAAUACUUUCUUGAUUUGAGAGAUCUUAAAAAAAGUGAUGAAUAAAAGUGGGAAUAUGUGAGAAAUUUUAA